UCAUAUUUUUGGUUAAAUAUUUAUUAACAAUAUCAAAUGCAUCACGCAAAGCCCAGUGCGCAGUCCAGUAUUUUUGAAACAUGUAUGGUUGACCAUUGCAAAGACAGUGCUAAACUUAUUCAGUUCACCUUGACUAUAAUUCAUAUUUAUCAUUUUUUAAAUCUUCAAAUAUUCAAUAAUAUUAAUAAGAUUGUAUUCGUGGUCUUUUAUUCAGACAUUUCACUAUAAUCUGGUAUUGCUAGUAUUGAUAAAAAAGGCGAAAUCACAGUGAUUUGGGAUGGAAGCUUGAUGAAGCACUUGAAUUAAGCAGUUCUGCAAGGGGAGGAGCUUGCCCGUGAACCCCAGUCUCUAUUGAGGUCGCAGCAGAAGGAAACGUACAUGCGCCAUACUGCUUGAAAAGCCAAUAGUAAGGAUACUGUUGCCUUGGCCCAAAAUAUGCUCCAGCGAUGCCAUUCUCCGACAAAUUCUCUACGGUGAUUGUCACACUGUCUGAAGGGAAAUUUUUCGAUAGCCCAGAUAUAAAGGAUCCUUUGCGUGGGGCGUACGGAGGUGAUCACAAUCGCGUCCCAACCUGGUCUGCCAAGUCCAAAAUAGCGGGACCACCCCAGCGUAUUCGAUCGCUCUCCAGACAGUAAAACAGAUUCAGAAAUUCCCCGGCUGAGUAAGCCAUGGCUCUGCCGCGUCACCAGUUUCUCCAUGGAGCUGUGAACUGGGAUGGAGCGCACUUGAGUCCUGUCCAGGUUUCUCAUGUCAGCGCGUGCCCCAUCAGGGAGGACCCCUUCUAUUUUUCUCUGGACCCAACAGGGCAAGCCAGACAGCCUCUCGACAUCUCCGCCUUCAGCAGAUUCAUGACAGAUAUGGGCUCUCUGAACGGCACUGACAACCAUCGUCCAGAACCGUCUUUUUACUCCGGACACAAACUCUUAUCUCUCAAUACCCACACGGAUCCAGAGAGUCCGUCGCACUCUUCCCACUCAGACUCCCAACAGUUGCACAGUCUGUCCUUCUCCGCGGCUUCCCGUUCAGAAACUGACAAUAAGCCCGAUACGCAUUAUUUAACGACGGAAAGCACUAAAUACCCGAGCCAGUGGAGUGAAAGCAGAACCAACGGGAGCAUCAUCACCACACUGAGCAUCAGUCAAAGAAGUAGAGACGACACAGAGCCAAAUAAUCUCCAGACAGACUUUACCGGGAGCGAUAAAACUCACAGAAAGGGAACGCAAGACGUGACUUUAGAAAACGCUGCAAAUGGCUGGCUGUCGGCGAAAGCAGGGAGGAAGAAGCGAUGUCCUUACAGCAAACACCAAAUCUUAGAGCUGGAAAAAGAAUUCCUAUUCAACAUGUACCUGACUCGCGAGCGCCGCCUGGAGCUUAGCCGGAGCAUAAAUCUCACCGACCGCCAGGUUAAGAUUUGGUUUCAGAAUCGCAGGAUGAAACUGAAAAAAAUGACUCGAGAGCACCAGACAAGGCACCCUGGCACAAGUUUCACUGUUUAGUUUGCUAUGUAAGACGGUUAAAAAUACCGAACUCAGCGCACAAAUCAUUGCAGCUAUCAUCCGGUGCAAGUGGAUUGAUGCAACUGCUGCUUCUGAUGGAUUAACGGGAGGAAACGAUCAGUCAAAUCUUACGGUGUUUCACAAUAUGUGUUCUAUAAGGCAAAUGUAAGGGAGAUAAAUGUAAUACCUCGCAUGAAGAUGAACAUAAAAGUGUAACGAAAUAAGAAGAGACGUUUUUGGCUAUUCGAUGUAAGCUUGUCAUAUUCAUACAAGGCCCAUGGACAAUGUUUAUUGUUCUGGUCAACUUUUCAGCGACCUAAUAUUUUGUAAUUUUCGAUAUUUGAACAAUGCUUUCCCAUUAGCCUAUAUGAGGAUUUUUUUGUUUUGUUUUUUGUUACAGGUUAUGAGUGUUACAGCGGUUGUGUUUUGGGGCAGGCUAUUUAUGUGUUAGGUAGCUAACUAUGUGCGGACACUCCCGAGUAAAAAAAAAAAAAAAAAAAAUCCUGAAAGGGAAUCCAUUAUCAGAGGAGCAGUUACAUCAAGCACAGGUACUGUUGUUUUGUUUUAAAUGUUGUCUCUUGUCUUGUCUUUAUAUAAGCUGGAGUGAAAAGGCACAGAUUUUUUCUUCUGCUGAAGCAUGGUUGAAUGUAUAACUUAAAAUGUGAUUUUUAAAAGUUUCUGUUUUGAAAAACAGUGCAUUUUUAAAUAAAAGAUUGCACUUCGUGACCAUAAAACGUUUAUUCAAAGUACGGUGGUCACUUUGAAAAUGACCUUAUCUGCAGUGUUCUAAUUUAGUAUUGUGACAAGGCGUUUCGAAAAAUAAGUAGACCUAUAAUGGACAAAUUUAAAGUUGUAAUACAAGCAUUAGGCCUUCUUAUUUUUAAAUAUUUGUUUCAUACAAUUCAAGAAUUCAAUUCGUGACAGCCUAUAGCUUGGAGAGACGAAGAACCUGGCAUGAAACUUUCUUUAGUCUUACAAUUAAAGGAGAAGGCAUUUGGCAAUUGUAACAAUUCCAAAUUUAAUUGCGGUUUUGAGUUAAUUGUGAACUUUUUUUUUAACUUUUUUUUUAUAGAUGUAUAAACAGAUUUUGGCUACUUGAUUUUCGGUGUAAAUGUUAUUAGAAAAAAAAAAAAAAGACAUUUGAAUUUAAUUUGAACAAAACCUUUUGAAAUUCCAUUUGAUUAAUUGAUCGAGUCGUUGUCUUAACACUAAGUCCAAAAUAAAAUAAAAUAUAUUGUUACUUUUUUUUUUUUUUAUCAUUUUAUUAGGCUAACCUACAUAAUUUUUAACUAGAUAUAUAUAUUCUAUAAAACAUAACGUAAGUGCAUCAAAAAUGCAAAUUAUUUUAUCUCUGGAAUUAAUUUCUUGUAAAUUCAAAUGGAGCUAUUUGAAUUUUAGAAGUUAAUGUGAAGUUAUAUUUAAACAUCUGGAUUCAUUUUACGUUCUGCUUUCAGCUUCAUCUCAAAUAUCUCAGGUUUGCAUUACUAGACCUGUAUUUGAAUGGCCGAAAAAUAAUUGUGAGCGCUUUCUUGAGUAUCUUAUGUGCACUAAGAAGAAUUAACCGGAUAUAAUGGUAAAGCAUGUGAACGUUAGAUAUGGAUGUUUGAACCCUUUGUAUGUUAAUUUGCACUGUGAACGAUUGUUAUUAUUAAAUUUGCAUUGUGUUGUGA